CCGACGGCGCGUCCGAGGAGCUGCCGCACGGAUUCGCCGCCGCGAUUCGGCUUCUUCGAGCGGCCAGCAUCGCGCGGAGGCCUCGCGAAUCCGCGCGUCUGGGUGCGGCGCUUUGCUUCCACGUGCUUACGAGGCGUCACCGGCGAUCCCAACGCCAAGGAUCAUCCAUAGUUAGUUUUGUAUAUUAUUAUCUCUUAACUCUGAAGCUGCUCCAAUGGAAGUUGAGCUGCCACACAUCCAUAAAGCUACUUCAAGUGAUUAUUUGGGCUUAGCCAGCAGCCAGUAUCCGUCUGGUAAAUUCCCUAAGGUCUCAGUUGGUAUCACGAUCCCAAGGGCAGGUUCUAUAUCAAGAGGCAAAGAUGCUACCCCUGCAUUUGAUAGGAACUUGUCUCAGGUUACUGAUGGAAUAUCCAGACCACCUAAGGAUGAUAAUGCUUCAAUUCGGGUCUCACAAGAAGCUGCAAAGAAGGAUGGAUCCGCUAAAGGGGUGCCUGAAGCUGGCUCUGUUAUGAAGGUUUCUGUAUCACAACCUGAUGAUAAUACAUGUGAGCAAACUGGGACCUUUUCUUUUGGAACAAGAAGAGAACAAGGCAGCAGCCUCGAUAAAUUGGAGACGCCAGAAUUUAUAAGUUCCCAACAGAAGCGGAACUUGGAAUCUGCAGAUAAAAUCAAGCCCAAUAGUGAGAUGCUCAGGAUGAAGCUGUGGGAGAUCCUUGGUGGCACUUCACAAAACAAGCAGGCUGUUGCUUCACCAAACCCUGACGACUUCAAGACACCUAAUCAACCUAAAAGUCAAACCGUCAAAGCACCAUCUUCAGGGAACAAGGAAGUUUUCACUUCGCCUUUUCCUGAUAACAUCAAGACACCAGAUCCACUCAAUCGUCAAACGGUGAACUUUACAAAGUGUAAACUGUCCCUUGAUCCAAUUGAGUCAGAUUCUGAUAGUCCAAAAGUUGUUGAAAUAAGACCUGUUACUCGCUCCUUGGGACGCAAGAAAGAACCAGCAGCCUCCAAACAGCAGAGUUUCAGUGCAAAGAAACCAUUAUCUACUUUUCGCUCUACACCUAAGAAGAAAGUGCUGGACAAUGUGUUUACCUUCAAUGAGAAAUGCACUCCUAAAACAGUGGUAAAACAUGCAAUUGGUGGCUCUGGCAGCUUAAGAAAUCUCAGAAGCUCAAAUAGGAAAGCUAAAGUUGAGGCUCAGAAGAUACAUUAUUCAGAUAGAAUCUCUGAUAAGACCAUGCAGGAUGACAAGGAAGGAAAGCUAUCUUCUAGAAACACACCAUCUGAUAACAAGAUAGAGAAGGCUACAUCUUUUUCUUCUUUGUCCCGACCUGGAAAGACUGCUGAGAGCUGUUCUCGAAGCCCUAAAAGGGGGAGGAAAGUGAAUGUGAUGGCUAAGGUUGGGCCCCGGAAGAUGCAGUUUUCAGAAAAUUUAUUGGCGAAGACACAGAAUGAUGAACAAACUAAGCUCUAUUCUCCUCACAAGGUAUCAUUGAAGAGCAAGGAAAAUGAUUCUUCUACAUCGCCACCGGAAGAUUCAGACAGAAGCCCUCAUGGACAUAAAGCAGCAGAAAAUAAUUUCAAUUCUCCACCAUCUGAGGCUGCUAACCCAUCUCCUGAACCUAAAAUAUACCCAUGGGAUCAUGAUGUGAGUCCUGAGAUAACUGGUAAAUUUGGGCAGAAGGUUGCUAGUACAUGGACAGACAGAUUCAGAGACAUGCCAGAUGAUCAUCCAAGCCCUACUCUUGCACCUAAUGUAAACACAUCCCCGCAAAUAAAUAAAGGGCUAGAUGGUGACCUAUACACUUCCAAGUACCCCAAAAGUAUGGACUGGUCCAGAUCAAGUUCCCUUGCCUCGGAUCCAGAAUCUGAGCCACCGGAUGAAAUGGAUAAAACCACUGAGUUACCUGGUAGUGAAUCUCCUGCUUCUUCAGAAGAAAGAGAAAACAGUAAACAACCAUCUCUUUCAUCCCCUUCUCCAACUGAAGAUGAAGGGACUAAAAGUUCCAAGCAAAGCUUUGCAAAAGGAUAUAAAUCUCACAAAUGGCUUUCAGAUAUUGAUGGCUCGGAUAAAUCUCCUCUUGAGCAUGUGGGUAGGAAAUCACAUCUAAAAGAGGACAGAAUGAGCAAAAGACGCUUAUCUUCUGGAACACAAGAAACUAUAAUAUCAGAGAAAGAACAAGAACAAUGCCCAGAAAACUACCUUACAAGGGCUUUUGAUCAAUUGAUAGUGGUGCUGGGAAGGUUCCAAACUAAGAUCAAGUCUGAAACAAGCAAGAAAAGUUCUGAGAUACUUUCAGCUACUGGGGAGAUAAUAAGGCAGCACCUUGAAGGGGUUGAGGUGCAGAUGCAGGCUGAUGUGGACAAACUGGUCAAUGUAGGCAAGUCUAAAAGGAAACGCCUAGAGUCAACAUUUGAAGAGCAACAAGAAAAUUUAAGGAUUCUUCAUGAGAAGUUCAAGGAGGAGGUUAACAAGCAGCUGCUGGAUUGCAAGAAUUCUCUUGAGGAUUUUGAAUCCUACCAUGCAGAACUUAAGGGAGUAGCUGACAAGCAAAAAUUGUCCCACAAGAAGCUCAUAGUAAAUGCUGAGAAAUCAAUCGGUGCUCAGCUCAAUGAUGCAGAAGUCAAAAUUGCCGAGGUUCAGAAGAGAGCACGGAAGAGGAUGAACGGCCUGAAAUAUGUGCUCAAGGAGCUGAUUGCAGAAACUGCAGAUUGACUGAUCGACCAUGUUCACUCACUCUAUUCUAGUACAUAUCACAGGUGCAAAGAUUAGGAUACACAGGAUGCACAUUGCAAACAUGUCUAUGGUUCCAUUUACAAGGGGUACAAGACAAUCCUGAUGCACAUAGGUUUUGUUAGAAACAGAACUUUGCAGACAUUUUUACUUCCAGGUAUCCAUAAUGUCAUUUUCUAGGUCCUACCUUCGUUUAGGUUUUUUCGCUACCUGGUCGACGUGCACUGCUGUGUAUUGGUUGUAGUAUUUGUCUAUUUCGCAUGAGUAGCUAACUUACUAUCCGGAAAACCACAAUACCUAGCGUCUCUAGCGUCGUGUGGCACGUGAACUAGGAUGCAGUUCCGUGGACUGUCGUGCUUCAUUCUUCCCAAACAUGUUGCGUGUUGGAAUAUUGAUGCUGUAAUGCAGAUAUGCAGUGAAUUUAUUUUGGAUUUGA